AAUGUCGUAUUGGCCGCUCUCAGGUUACUCUCUGCUGCGGUCCACGUGUAUCGCAAAGCGACAUGGCGCCUCGUAGAGAAAGCAGGAUUAACAUCAACUCAGCGAGGUCCGCGAAGAAAAGUGACAAAAGUUGGAUAAAGAGUCGCUUAGAAUGGCGAUACCUCGUUUCCUUGUUAACCGAGCCGAAGAGACUGCCGUUGACAGCGAUCUCGUUCGUUCUACUGGAAGUGGUGUUGAAUAUCCUGAUCAUCAAAAAUGUAUCGUAUACCGAGAUCGACUGGAAAGCGUACAUGCAGGAGGUCGAGGGUUUUAUCAACGGCACUCACGACUACUCAAAACUGAAAGGUGACACCGGGCCGUUGGUUUAUCCCGCUGGAUUCGUCUACAUCUUCUCCGGUUUGUACUACAUAACUUCACACGGCACGGACAUCAGAGUGGCGCAAUAUUUCUUCGCGGCUCUCUAUGUCAUCACGUUGGCGUUGGUCUUUCGAAUUUACGCGAGAACGAAAAAAGUGCCGCCCUACGUCCUCAUCUUGAUGUGUUGUACUUCCUAUCGGAUACACUCGAUAUUCGUUUUGCGGCUAUUCAACGACCCGGUAGCGAUGGUACUGUUGUUCGCGAGUAUCAAUGCAUUCUUGGACGAUCAUUGGUAUUUGGGUAGUAUAUUAUACAGCUUCGCCGUGUCGAUCAAAAUGAAUAUAUUGUUAUUCGCCCCGGCGCUUCUCAUAGCCUAUCUGCGCAUACUAGGAACGUUCGGAACAUUCAGGCAUUUAUCCAUCUGCGCACUCGUACAGUUAGCCCUUGGCCUUCCGUUCUUACUAGAAAAUCCAGUCGCGUAUAUAAAAGCUUCCUUCGACAUAGGCAGAGUAUUUGAAUUUAAGUGGACUGUAAACUGGAGAUUUCUACCGGAAGAUAUAUUCGUUCACCCGUACUUUCAUGUUUCUCUGUUACUUCUGCAUGUCUUAACGUUGUUUUAUUGUGCAUUUAGUUGGAACACUUAUUUGAGGUCAUAUGCGACAUUGAAACAUGUCGAGAAGGAUUUAAAACCUCAACUUCGCGGCAAGGAGAGAGUAGACACGUCUAUGAUAAGUCAGUUGUUUAUUUAUCCCUUCUUUGUUGCAAAUUUCAUCGGUGUUAUGUUCAGUAGAUCACUGCAUUAUCAAUUCUACAUAUGGUACUACUAUACCUUGCCAUAUAUGGCAUGGUGUACUCAUUACAAGACUGUCUUUAAAUUGACCAUCUUAGGCAUGAUAGAACUGUGUUGGAACACAUAUCCAAGUACAGUUUUCAGUAGCACAGCUUUACAUCUGUGUCACAUGGUUCUGCUAUAUGGAAUUCUUAAAAGUAGGUCGAAUAACAUGAAAAAGGAGUAAGAAAAGAGUUUUUAUCUUUAAUUCCUUCCUAUGUAACAAUAACAUAAGAGGAAGAGAAAGUACGUGUCAUGUGUGUGAGAAAAGAGUAAGAGUAAAGAGAAAAAUCGUAUAGCUCAUAAUCAAGUUUUCCUAUAUAUAUGUAAUUAUAUUCAUGUUUUAAAACAUACAAAACGCUCUCCGUUCAUGAUUUUGUAACUUUUACAGGAUUGUUGCAACUCAUGAUAUUUGUACAUCCAUGAGUGUGUAUGUGUGUGAAAAAUGUAUCUUUUGUACAUAAACGAAAUAAAAUAGGAUCGACAUUGUUUUAUUUAUAUGUUAUUGUUUGUUUCGUGCCUUAUCACUAUGCGGAUAAAAUGGUUGCAUAAUUUAUCAGAUGAUAUGUCAAGUUACAAUCACAAAUGACGGCAUCGACGACGUCGGCAAGUCACGUUUGAGAAAAAUACGAUAAGAUAACAUAACGAUGAGGAGAGAUACAUUCGGUACAACACCGAACGGUACGGAUUGAUUCAGCGAAACAGCAAAGUUGUACGUGCAGCGUAAAGUGUGCCGUAAGAAAGAAGUCACCUUUCUCUCCUGCCGAGUGUAUUAACGGUUCUUUUUCGUCCGGGAAUUUUGUGCCUGCGAUAUCCUCCCUUCCUGAAUCAAUUCGACUAGUGCGAUAUUAGCCCUGACAUUGUGUGUGCGCGCGCGCGCGCGUUGGAGGACAACUCGCCGGGCGCCGUUAAGAUCGAUCGCGUCUGCUUCUUCUCUUGCAGUAUCGCCGCAACGGUAUUCGGGUACG